UCUCACACCACACAGCCAUAAAGGUUCAUGGUAGUCCUCGUCGAGUAGAUCCAUUUCCUCUAAAGGUCUGAUGGAUGAAGCUCUGAAUAAUGAAUGAGUUGAAGAAUCCGAAUCGUCUCUUGCUUUCCCCACACCACCUGCCACCGGGAUUUUAAAAGAAGUACCAGUAGGUGGUAUAAGCUAGCUAGGCGGGCAGGGCAUGGGUGGUUCUGUAUGUUAUGUCGUUAUUAGGGAUCAGGUUCAGUGACAUCAGUGCUCUUUUUUUCGAUCUCGCAACUCGUCCACAAACGAAGACCUCCAUCAAACGAGACCUCGAUCGGCGACAGAUGGUACCAGGUACCAUAGUAGUAUCAAAAUAUGCGUCAACCUUCGCUUCAUACUCCACACCUCAAGGUGGGUGACUAAUAGCGACGAUGUUUGGCCCAGGUACUAGUAGUGUAAAACUACUAUUAUCUUGCCUAAUACUGGAUUUGGUCGCCAGCAGCUACGAUUUUGAGGCCAUGACAAAAUUGGUGACUCGUCUGAAUAAUAUCCAAAGCGUGGCCCCGGAAACUAUGCUGGGAUUUUAUGAACCCGAGCUCAAGAGUUUCUCCGUCAAGCCUGAGGUCGGUCGAGAGGGCGAGAAUGAUAAUCCCCAGCAACAACAACAACAAACCUGUAUCACCAGUUCUUGUUAUGCACUGCUAACACUCAUUUUGAGUGCGGAUGUGUACGAAUCGACCAAUAUUCCCAUUGCUGAUAUUUUUCAAACCAUGCUGCAAUCUCCCUGGCGACAGGAUGAUUUGUUUCAGGUGCCAUUGUUGCUGUACACACUCUUGAGGGUGGAUACGGAUCGAUCCCUGUUAAUUGCUGAGGUGGCUGCCGAUCCGAACAAGGCACUGAAAAUUAAGAAAUCAAUCACGGCCGUCUUAAAGGCAGCACCAGACCCCCGGCUGGGUACCCGUCAGGUUCAUUCGGAUUACAUUAGCUACCAAGUCUGCAAAGUGCUUGCUCUGCUACAAGAAACGACAAAAAUAUCCUUUCCUGGCAACAACAAAAAACAAAAGAAGAUUGAUUUGGAGGUGGGAGUAGGAGGACUGCCGCUCUGUAUGCUGCCAGAUGAAUUGUCCUCCGAAAUCUUGCGCGCACUCAUGGAUUGUGCCGAAAUGAGCUGCAACGAAUUAUGUCGACAAUUAGCCUAUCGCACUGCUGGGGACCGAAAUUCCUUCGAUGUGGUUCGUCUUGCCUACAGUCUAUUGACGUAUGUGCGAAGCACCACCAGUCUCACGGGGACUGGCAUAUCUGGACGAGAAUUGGAACCAGGCAGAGGCCCAUCAGCAGAUACCAAGGUGGUACAACUUAAUGAUCGACUCGUCAAGGCAGCGUUGGGUGCAUUCUUUGAUGAGCAAAACAGCGACGGGCUCUGGGACAAGGGCCAGCCAAUUUACUCGUCCUUUCGACGCCAAGGACGCAAUAUGGGAAAUGCCUUUGUCUUCUCCGUAAACACAGUCGGAUCCUUACUGUGUCUGCUAUCACCGGAAGAUUUUCGUCCACAUUUAGGCGCACUGGAGCGCACUCUAUCAUGGAUUGAGAAUCAUCAAAUGGUGGAAGUCAUUACUUCCUAUUGUGACCCUGUCUCGGGGCAAUGCUAUGGGCGACCUCUACGAGGAUGGUCAUCACCACAUAGUCCCGACUCGUCACCACAGGCAUGGCCAACCGCACAAGUGUUAAAAUGUGCCGCAUGGAUGCGGACGACAAUUCGACAAUUGAUUCAUAAUGAUGUGAUUGACGAGUUUCACGGUAUACGCUUUUCCGAACUUGGGAUUCAACCCAAAGGAUGGGAUCGUCUAUUGGACAGCGAUCUUGGUAUCCUGACAGAAAGAGGGAAACCCCGAACCAUCAAGUCCGUUCUGAAGGAAAGGGUCAUAACUCCCUUUGCUUCUUCCAUGGAUAAUCCAUCUUAUGGUGCAGCGUAUAGCGCUGUACUCUUUGGUCCACCAGGAACUGCCAAAACGACUAUUUGUGAAGCACUGGCACAGCGGAUGGGAUUUGACUUUUGCGUCAUUGAUACCAGCGCAUUCCUGGCAGAUGGCCUUUCCAACGUGGCUGCAAGAAUACGAUAUGUCUUUCGACGCCUAAUGGCUUUGAACCAGUGUGUGAUUUUGUUUGAUGAGAUAGAAGAAUUCGCCUUGGAUCGCGAAACUCCAGGUCUCUCGAUGGAGUCUCGUAUGCUGACGACAGCGAUGCUGACGGCUAUAAACGAUUUACGGAGAGCCAAACAAUCUAUAUUUUUCAUAGCUACCAAUCGAUUGCGAGCCUUUGAUGCCGCCAUUACAAGACGAGGACGGUUCGACAUGCAACUCUUUGUGGGGACCCCAAAUCUAGAGUCUCGCAUGAUCCAAUUUCAGAAAAAGCUGGAGGAGGUACCAGAAACAAAGAAGGUCAAGACUGCUGCAGUACAAACAUAUCGCAAGUUUCUAGAGUCCGAGUGGUCGAACGAUGCCAUGUACAUGAACUACUUGGAGGGAAUGCAAUUUGCUUCUGCGUGUGCCAGGAUUGUGGCGAGCCGUCGACAGCUAACAGUAGAAGAAUUGUCAUCAAUUCACUCUCAACAAGCUGCCGUAAUGACGGUUCGGCGGUCAGUGCGAGAUGAAUUCGUCGCCUCCAUGGGCCUUACUCGAUUAUAGUAAUACAUAGUUACGUCCUAGCACAAAUUACUUUAUUUAGUACAAGGCAUUGGUCUAGACAAAGCUGUGACCCAGAAUCGGUAUUUAUUUGUACAAGGCAUUGGUCUAGACGAGCUUUGCUCCAGAAUCGGCGAGUCUCUUCAAUGCUCAUAACAUGUAGAAAGCAGACAGGAAGAGGCAAACAAUACGAAACACACACACGAACACACACACACACACAGGAUAAGGCAAAGAAAUGCGAGAAAAUUCCUCGGUUCGUUGCUGCCUUGCAACUUCGCCCCAGCUAUGUUUAACCCCCUACAGUCAAAGCCAUGGGGAUCUGGAAAGCAACACAGGCUCAAUUGUGAAGCCGACAGCACCGACUGCUUUCAACACGACAGCCAGGAGAGACCGCGACAUUUCGUCGGAGUCCACUCGGUCUGCCAGGUGCAGGUCAAGUCCAUAGCCUCAGAGGCCUUUGGGCGGGAAGAAAACUAGUAGUGGUGAUUUGAAUUCAGUCAAGGAAGAUUCGAGCAAAGCCAAUUCUGUAAAUUGGGAUGCUGGUCUGGGCAAACUGCUUGUAACACCCUUGGAAAGUGAAGAUGAAAUCAAGAAGAAGAAGAAGCAUAUGGCUGCGUAUUCAAAGUGCACCAAAUGUUGACUUUGGAAAGAGAUUCCAUUGGGACCGAACUGGGGUGAAGUUGGGACAGUCCGACAAGAGUCUUGGUGAUACCGGCAGCACCAGUGCCAAGGCAGAGUCGUGCGCGUCGCAACAAUCGGCAGGUGUCGGUGGCUCACCCCGAUCUUGUGGAGCAGGCUCGGAUGACGAGUGCCACAUCCGCCAUCAGUGAAGAGUCGCGUCAUGUCAUGUCCAACACCCCAGCAUGCCCUCCCGCUUGUUUCUUCGGAUUGAUUCCGGCAAGCCUCCAUGUCCAUCCAUCAUUGCAUGCUCCAAUAACGUGAUUUCAGUCUCGAUGAGUGAUUUUGCCUUCGUUGGACCCAGAAUUAGGCCCUAUUCUACAUUCUUGACAGCCUCGAAACCAUCCAGUUAUCUCUUUGUUUGAUCCACCAACAGUUCAGGUUUCAUUGAAAGGAAGAAGUAGAGGCAACUGAGAUCACAAGUCGAUCGGAUGAUUGCUUGCAGCCACUCCUCCUUGGUGCAAUUCUCGUGGACUAAAAACUUGCGACCCAACCGAUUUGUGGCUAGAAAGAAGUUAACAUCUGGUUGCAAAUCGGCUCUGUCAAAGAGCGACAAUCGUUCCAGUGUGUAGUUCCAAUGGCGCAGCAUGUUGAGAAAACACUUUUGCACGUUGUUGCUUAGUUUGGGCCAUCCGUUGCUUCCCGAAACCCCAAAUUGCCUCAGAGAUGUGUUUCUUUCCAGACUUUGAGAUAUGGCCAUGAAACAUUCAUCUGUAAGGGUUUGGUUUCGACUAUGACUCAAGCAGAUAGACAACUCUUCCAGAGUUUGAUUGCCCCUCAACAUUCUGGCCAAAGAAUGCAGACCUUCCGAGUUGAUCUCACAGGCUGAGACGGAUACCCCCCUGAGCCUAUUGUUCCUUCGUUCUAGCCACUGCAACAAGAUCAUGAAAUGAUCCUGUGUCAGCUCAAAAUUGUCCAAGCAGAAUUUCUCCAGUAGUGCGGCCCCGGAUAUUGAGAUGAGCGCUUCAUUGGACAUGAUUCCCAGGGAGGACUCUUCAGCUCCACAAAGCUCAACUUCCUUCAGGUUUGGUAUCGCCGAAACAUGAGCAACAAAGUCUGCCAACAUUGGCGGAGACGUGUUGGGAAGCCGACAACGAAUCAGGCGUACCAGGUGCAGAGAAGCAUGAUUGCGCAUGGACUCCAUGAACUCUACAAAUUCAUCUUGGUUGCCAACCAAAUCCACCGCACAUAUCGAGAACAUUUGCAGCUCUCGUGCCCGUUGUAGAGCAAUCGUCAACAA